AUGUCUCAGAACCCCGAUGCUGUUUCCAACCAGGGCGAGUUCGCCGGACACGUCAGGCCGAGUGAGCCCCUCAUGACAGGUGGACACCAGCCCGGAAAGAUCGUCUCAGAGGCGGACCGCGCUCCUGAGUUCCAUGCUGAGACCCUUCCUGCCGGCACAGCCCCCAAGGCUGACACAUACACACCCAACCCUGACAUUAACAACCAGAAGACCUUCACCAGUGCCUCGUCGACAUUGGUCGGUGCCGACUCCGGCUCCGUACACACUGGUCUUGGCCACCCAGGUCAGGGACAGUCGAGCUCUGAACUCCACGACAAAUCUAAGCAGAGUGGCGGUAGCGGUGGUCUUGCAGGAUUGAAGGAGAACUAUGGUCAGGGCAAUGUUGCGGAUCUGAAGGACGACCCAACACAUGCCAAGCAGAGGAACUUGAACCGUCCUGAGGCGGGAACAAGGGGUAACGUUGGUGGACAGGCGGCCCAAGAAAUGGAGCCUGAGCAAGCCGCGCAGGUGAAUACUAGCAGGUAG